AUGGAUUCCUUUAAAGGUGGAAUGAAUUUGGAGAGACUGCCUGAGAGCUUGAGACCCCAACCCUCCCAUGACAUGGCUUCCAGCUUCCAUUUGCAAAGAUCCUCGGAACCCAGAGACCCGAUCGACAACUCAGCCAGUGAAUCCUCCGACACGGAGGUGCCAGAAAAAGAGCGAAGCGGCGAGCAGAAAAACGAAGACGGGGCCGCCGACGACCCGGCGAAGAAGAAGAAGCAGCGGCGGCAGCGGACCCACUUCACCAGCCAGCAGCUGCAGGAGCUGGAGGCCACCUUCCAGCGAAACCGCUACCCCGACAUGAGCAUGAGGGAGGAGAUCGCCGUGUGGACCAACCUCACCGAGCCCCGAGUCCGGGUCUGGUUCAAGAACCGCCGAGCCAAGUGGAGAAAGCGGGAGCGGAACCAGCAGAUGGACCUGUGCAAGAACGGCUACGUGCCGCAGUUCAGCGGGCUGAUGCAGCCCUACGAUGACAUGUACGCCGGCUACCCCUACAACAACUGGGCCACCAAAAGCCUCACCCCGGCGCCGCUCUCCACCAAGAGCUUCACCUUCUUCAACUCCAUGAGCCCCCUGUCCUCGCAGUCCAUGUUCUCGGCGCCCAGCAGCAUCCCCUCCAUGAACAUGCCCUCCGGUAUGGGCCACUCGGCCGUGCCGGGCAUGGCCAACUCCGGCCUCAACAACAUCAACAACAUCAGCGGCUCCUCGCUCAACUCGGCCAUGUCCUCGCCCGCCUGUCCCUACGGGCCGCCGGGCUCGCCCUACAGCGUCUACCGGGACACUUGCAACUCCAGCUUAGCCAGCCUCAGACUGAAAUCUAAGCAGCACUCCAGUUUCGGCUACAGCAGUUUGCAAAGCCCCGGCUCUAGUUUAAACGCCUGUCAGUACAACAGUUGA